AAACCGAAGUCCUUUGGUGUGCCCGUUUGGAGAAAGAAGAGGCCAGUCCCAGACGCCGUCUUCUGCUAGCACCAUGACGACGACGACGACCGCCACGCAGAGCGCGACCAAGAUAGCCGAGGCCCAAGGGCUCUUCGCCCGCGUCGUCAAGGCCGAGAUGGACAUGCUCCUCGAGACGGACAUCCCGCGGGAGGUCGCGGUCAAGAUCUUGCUCCAGCGCAUCGUCGAGGAGAUGGUCGAGCCCACGGACGCCGAGGUCCGCAAGGUCAUGGUCCAGUUCCGCAUCAACCGCGACGACGCGAUCCGCGCGCUCAUCGUCAAGCAAGAGCUUGGCCGCCUCAAGCAGCGCGGCCUCGACUCGCUCGCAGCGAUCGAGGAGCUCACGCUCAAGAUGCAGCGACUCCUGCCGCUGGCCUCGGUCGUGCAAGACGACAACGACGCGGAAGAAGAAAUCGACCACGACAUGUUCUCGACAGCCCCCGUGGCGUCGCCGACCGACGCCGAAAACGAGACAGGUGCCCACCCGUCGCUGGUGUUCCAUGCGGUCGACGCGUGCCCGUCGCCGGACAGUGCCCAACUCCAGCGCAAGAAAAGCCUGUCACCUCGCCCUGUCUCGUCCCCUGUCCAUGUAGCCAGCCCCGAGCACGAGACGGAUGCGUGUGCAUCUCCGUCCUGGCGUGAAGCGUCCCUCUGCCAACAGAUUGGUAACGUAAGCAUCUCGUCGACAUCGCCGUCCAAAGAAUCCGAGUCGACCGCUGCAGCGAUCGUCGACAGCCCGCUCAUCAAGGUGUCGCGGAAGCGUCGCAUGCCCACGGACGCCGACGCCGACCACCGGUCGUCGAGUGGGAAAGGUCGUUUCGGCAAGAGCAAAAAGCCGCGGCUCGACGUCGACAGUAAGCUCAAGGCCCAGGUCGAGAGCAAGCUCAAGGCGCAAGCAGGCGACUCGUUUGUCCUCGUCAAGACACCGGCCAAGGCGUCGAAGCGGUCGCGGCCUAAAGAAGCAGCGACGACGGACGCGCCGUACUGCGCCAAGAAGGCCCGAUCCGAGGCGUCCUAGUAUAGCAAGGAGCCGUCUCGAGCCGUCUCCACUGUGUGUUUGCUAACUUUAUAUAUAUAUUAAGUGCUAUAUUCGCGAC